AAAUUCCAUCGCCGUUUCUCUUCUCCAUUAUUAUAUUAUUCCCUAGUCGGUCACCUCCUUCUCUCUCAUCUCCCUCUGUGCUGUCUCUGUUCUACGCACACAACGCAACACCGUUCAACUCUGAGGUGAUAGAAGCAGAAACACAGUUCCAUAGAGAUUAAGAGAAAGGGAAUCUUUAAGGAUUCAGCAGUUUGUAAAAAAACAAAACGAAAAUAGAAAGAUCUCAGAUAUGAAGAGGAAGCUCGAAAACUUGAUGUGGUUAACGCGGAAAAGAUCGAUUCAGUUUCUGAUAGGAGUGGCUCUGUUGUACCUCAUCCUUGUCACGGUCGAAAUCCCUUUCGUCUUCAAAACCGACUUCACCACCGUCACCACUCGCCCUCCAAGGCUUCUCAGCGAGGAGGACUCGCAACAAAGACAAUCCCCAACUCGCCCUUUUAAAACUGUUUCCAACGCCGCCUCGCCGAGUCAACUCGCCCGCCGCGACAUCGUUUCUUCGUUGGUCUUAAACGACGCCGCGUUCGACCUCAGCUUCAACGACGGGUCGUUGGAGCUAUACAAGCUAGUGAAAAACGCGCGCGAGGUGGGGCUGAACCUCUGGGAAGACCUCGAAUCCGGCAACUCGCGAAGCGUUAUUUCGAAGCCCGAGAACCGGUCCGGUUCGUGUCCCGCUUCGAUAUCACUGGCCGGUUCGGAUAUUUCGGGCGUGGUGGCGCUUCCUUGUGGACUCACAUUGGGGUCCCACGUAACGGUCGUUGGAAAGCCGUUGGCGGCUAAGCCGGAUUUGGAGCCGAAGAUAACGGUGGUGACGGAGGACGGUGAAGCCGUUAUGGUGUCGCAGUUCGUGGUGGAGUUGCAAGGGUUGAAAACGGUUGAUGGUGAAGAGCCUCCUAGGGUUUUUCACUUCAACCCGAGGUUGAAGGGUGAUUGGAGUGGGAAACCGGUGAUUGAACUCAACACGUGUUACCGGAUGCAGUGGGGUUCCGCUCUCAGGUGCGAUGGCUGGAAAUCCAAGGCUGAUGAAGAUACCGUUGAUAGGAUGGUGAAGUGUGAAAAGUGGAUUGAGGAUGGUGAAGAUCACUUGGAGGAGUCUAAGGCAAAGUGGUGGUUGAAUAGACUGAUAGGGCGCUCGAAGAAAGUAACGGUUGAUUGGCCAUUCCCCUUUUCUGAGAACAAGCUAUUUGUUCUAACUAUUAGUGCUGGGUUGGAGGGGUAUCAUGUUACUGUUGAUGGGAGGCAUGUGGCAUCUUUUCCUUAUCGCGCUGGUUUUACUCUUGAGGAUGCCACUGGGCUUUCUUUGAGUGGAGACAUUGAUGUUCACUCCGUAUUUGCAGCCUCUUUGCCUUCGUCGCAUCCCAGUUUUGCCCCGCAGCGCCACCUUGAAUUUUCUACCAGAUGGCGUGCCCUGCCACUUCCUGGCUCUGGUGUAGAGUUGUUCAUUGGUGUCCUCUCGGCUGGAAACCAUUUUGCUGAGCGGAUGGCUGUAAGGAAGUCAUGGAUGCAGCAUAGGCUCAUCAAAUCUGGACUAGUGGUUUCUCGUUUCUUUGUGGCACUGCACCCACGACAAGAAAUUAAUGUAGAGUUGAGGAAGGAAGCAGAAUAUUUUGGUGACAUUGUUAUAGUGCCUUACUUGGAUAAUUAUGACCUUGUUGUGUUGAAAACAGUGGCCAUAUGUGAAUAUGGGGUUCAUACUGUUUCUGGUAAGUACAUCAUGAAAGGUGAUGAUGACACUUUCGUUAGGGUGGAUGCUGUUAUCAAUGAAGCAAGGAAUGUUCCAGAUGAUAUGAGCUUUUAUAUUGGGAACAUAAACUACUACCACAAACCCUUGCGCUAUGGGAAAUGGGCAGUGACAUACGAGGAGUGGCCAGAAGAGGAUUAUCCACCCUAUGCAAAUGGACCGGGUUAUAUCUUGUCAUCAGAUAUUGCACGCUAUAUUGUAUCUGAAUUUGAAAUGCAUAAAUUAAGGGUUAAUGAACAUUUUUAUAUAUAUUGCACCUUUCUCGUUCAUGUAUACUUGAAUUUCUUUCGUUUGAAAUUCUGUUUGGUUGAAUGUUUCCUUGAUUUCUUCUUUAUGCAGUUGUUUAAGAUGGAAGAUGUGAGUAUGGGAAUGUGGGUACAGCAAUUUAACAGCUCAAAACCAGUACACUACUCACAUAGCUUCAAGUUCUGCCAGUUUGGUUGCAUUGAAGACUAUUACACUGCCCAUUACCAAUCGCCUAGGCAGAUGGUGUGCCUGUGGGAUAAACUGCAAAGGCAGACAAGGCCUCAAUGCUGCAAUAUGAGAUGACAAUGAGGAAUCGGUGUGAUCUUUGAUUCCAGUGAGAGGGACAAAGAAAACAAGUUUUGCAGUGAGCUCUCAACAUUGAAUAUUGUAUAUAACUGGAGCUUGGUUAGUUAAAUGUCGCUCUGUAUAAAUGGCCUUUUGAAUCUCGGUAUUUAUUGUUAUUCUUUUUGUUCCUUUUUCGAUCCCCUUUUUGUGGGGUUCUCAAUUCUUUUGGUUAUGUGAGAUUCUUUUGGCUCGGGAUUGGAAGAUGAUAAAAGGGGAAAGGGGGGAGGGGAAUUUAUUGAUGCAGAUGCUAGUUCUGUAUAAUAAUUUGAAGGAUAGCAUUCGAUAUCCAUACAAGAUAUAGAUCAAUCAUUACACCUGGUCAGUGCUUUUUGCCACCUCU